UCCUACGGAUGUUGGCCGUGCGUUCAUUGAAAAAGAAUGUACAGUUCUCGGUAUACAGCUGACUAAGAUUGCAUUGACCUUUUCUAAAACAAUUGGUUAACGUUAAUAUCAGAGGACUACCCGAAGCAACUAAUGUUCUAGGUUUUCAAGUUGUGCUACCCUCCCGAGCGUGGGAGUGCAUCAGUCCUCUAACUGCUGCAUGUGCAUGCGUUUGCAUUUCACCUCCAUAACCCUUUUGCAUGAGCUCCAUUCCUCCACCUGUUUGCAUGCCUGCCGCCUGAGCCAGAGUGAGCUGCUCUCUCUUCAGUGCCUUGCCCCUUCAGCUUGUACUAAGGCCUCAAGCCGGGGGCAACAACAACCAUGGGCAAGGACAGGGGUAACGCUCUGGUUUUCUCCUCCAAGAGGGGCUCGAGCUGUGCCACGCGUUCCUGCGCCAGCCCCGGCGAGGCCGAGCGCGAGAUCGAGAGGCUCCGCGCCGCCUUGGAGGUGGAGCGCUGCCGCCACAAGCAGGCCCAGAGGAAGUUCUCGCUGGAGCUGCGGCGCGCGCGCGAGGACGGGAGGCACGAGCGGGAGCGCGCCCUGCGGGAGCUGACCUCCAGACAGGAGCGCCAGAAGGCCUUGGAGCUGCAGCAGCAGCGCGAGGCCCUGGGCAGGGAGCGCGCCUCCGAGGUCCGGCAGCUGCGCCGCUGGAGGGACCGCGAGCGGGAGCGCAGCAGCGCCGCCGUCAGGCAGGCCCGGGAACUGCAGCGACUCCUGGCCGAGGAGCUCGGACGCGCCGUCGACGGCUCGGGCAAGGCCGACGCGCCGAGCGUUAAGGCUCUGCUGGGCGGACGGGGCAUCGGCGGAGGUGGCGGCGGUCCCGGAGGAGGCGUCUACCGCAAGCUGGAAGAGCUGCUGUCGAGGCUGUAUGGGCAGGCGAGCGGGGAGCAGGCGGCGCUCCUGCAAGGCCUGCGGCAGGAGCUGGAGCUGGAGAAGAGCCGCUUCAUCUGCCACCUCCUAGAGAAGCACGGCCGCCCGCAGCCGGUGGAGCAGGGGCCCCGGGAGAGUGAGCCCCCGAUCCCGGCACCCAGGCGUCAUCGCCCGGCCAGCCGCCCGCAGCCGCUCUCCCGCUCGGCCUCCCUGGAUAACCGCCGGGGAGCCGCCACCACCACCGAGGGCGGUGGUGGAGCCUCGCCGUCCCGCGCCAGAAGGUCUCAGUCCCAGAAGAUCCAGCGGUCGUCGUCCCAGCAGGGGCCCCCGAAGAAGAGGAGCAGGAGCGGACGCAGGGCCUCCAUGCCGCUGGGCAAGCCGCAGCUCUGCUCCAGUCCCGUGGAGAGCCAAGCGACCCCCUCGCAGCCCUCUCCCCACGCAGCCUGGGAGGCCAGACUCUCCUCCACCCCAUCGGACCCGUCGCCGUCCCCCUCACCAGGCAACUCGACGCCCUCCAGAUGCUCAGAGGAAAACAUGGAGGAUAUGAAUGGCAUGGAUUAUGGCUUCCUGGUGCGCCAGAACUCCGAGUUGCUGCGGGCACUGGAUAACAUGGAGAAGACCUGCGCUACACUCAGAGAGGAGAACAGCCUUCUGAGGAAGAGCAGCUCCCCAGAGACGGAGGAGAAGGUGAAGAGAUUGCGGAAGAAGAACACAGAGCUGGCGGUCAUUGCUAAAAGACUGGAAGACAGGGCACGCAAGCUGCAGGAGGCCAACCUUAAAGUGGUGAACAGCCCUUUCCCAGUGAAGGCCGGAGCAGUGGAGCAGUACAAGAGGGCGUUUGCGCGGCAGAGGGCACGCGACCUGGCCCAGCACGCCGACACGCUGCUCUCCAAGGACAAGGAGAUCGCUGCCCUGCAGCAAGAGUGCAGGGAGCUGCAGACUCGUGUCGGGCACGGGGGCAAGGACGUCCAGAUUCCCUGUGCGGUGGCUGACUUUGAGCGUCUGCUGCGCGAGUCCCAGAAGGAGGUGCUGAGGCUGCAGCGGCAGCUGUCCGUCAGCGCUGUGCGCGACGCCACACCUGAGGCCGCACCUGAGGCCACACCUGAGACCGCACCCACUGAAGCCCCUGAGGCCACACCCACUCAAGCCCCGGAAUCCACCGACAUCACCGACAAGAUGACGGCCGCGGCUGAGACCCCAACCCCAGCUUUAGAUGAGGCUCCUCCCACGCCGGAGGAGACUCCUGCAGAGGAGGCGGAGCCGGGGACAAGAGUGACACCUCGGCUGAGUCCAAGCCCCACCCACCCCCAGGAGCAGACUGAGGAGCAGCGCAUUGAGUUUCUGGAGAGCCAGCUCGAUGAGGAGCGUGGCAAAAAUGAGAGAUUAGCCGAGGAGGCAGAACUCCUCAGGCGGAAGGCUCAGCUGCUUGACCAGUCCCAGGCUGAGAAUGAGGAGCUGAGGCAGGAGCUCUCUGAAGUGAGCGCUCAACACAAUUCAGUUCUCGAGGAGAACCAGAGACUCCGUGCCAAACUGGAGAACCUAGAGCAGGUCCUAAAGGAAGGCAUGAAAUGCCAUAUUUUCAUUUUAGUGGGCACAUAG